UCGUUGGCCAAAUAAACUUGCAGAGGAUAAGAAAGGACCCUGAAACUCUUUAGCUUGCCUAGCGAUUGAGGCAUCCCGGAUUCAAGUGUCCGGAUUAUUACACAGAUUCCAUCGGGGAAGACGAACUCCAGCAUUCCCCCCAGCAACAGCAAAUAAUUCCUUUGAUUCUCAGCUAACUUAAAAUUUGGAGAAUUAAAAAGGGGAAAAAAAUGAGGACUUCAAUAACUCCUCUGUAUUUCAUCCCUACAACUCUUCCCAAGUCCGACCACCAUUGUUUGGCGUCCCUCUCCACAAGAUCAUUCCGGGCCUUAGGCUUUCGUGUGUUUGCUGCUGCAGUCUCCGAACAGCGUAAAACCCCAAGCAUUUCAAAACCUCCUAAAACCCCUUUUCCAAGCCCAACGGCUUCCAUACCCACCCCUUCUCCUGCAGCAAAUGAAAACCCUCCUAAGACCAAGAAGGUUUUGGUGCCAAUUGGGUUUGGCUCAGAAGAAAUGGAGGCUGUGAUAUUAGUUGAUGUUCUGCGGCGGGCGGGCGCGGAGGUGACUCUGGCUUCUGUGGAGCAACGACUAGAGGUGGAAUUUUCUGGAGGCACUAGGCUGGUUGCUGAUGCAUUUGUCUCUGCUUGUUCCGAUCAAAUCUUUGAUCUAAUUGCCCUUCCGGGUGGAAUGCCAGGGUCUGCACGUUUAAGAGACUGUGAAAUUCUCCAGAAGAUGACUAGCAAACAAGCUGAGGAGAAACGGUUGUAUGGUGCAAUAUGUGCUGCUCCAGCUGUCACACUUUUGCCUUGGGGCCUUCUUAGGAAGAAGAAGACGACUUGCCACCCUGCAUUUAUAGACAAGCUCCCUACCUUCUGGGCUGUUAAGUCUAAUAACCAGGUCUCUGGAGAGCUGACAACAAGUCGUGGCCCUGGCACUUCUUUUGAAUUUGCUAUAUCAUUAGUGAGCCAGCUGUAUGGUGAGACUGCUGCCAAGGAAAUCAAGGAUUCAUUGCUAGUGAAUGACAGUGGCAGUCAUAAGAAAGAAGAAUUCAAUGAAGCCCAUUGGUCUCUUGAUCAUACCCCUCAAGUCCUCCUUCCAGUUGCAAAUGGUUGUGAAGGAAUUGACAUAGUUACCACUAUAGAUAUCCUAAGGAGAGCAAAGGCCAGUGUUGUGGUUGCUUCAGUGGAAAAAUCUACCCAGAUUUUGGCAUCACAAGGGAUAAUACUUGUUGCAGACAAACUGAUUAAUGCAGCUGCCGAGAUCACUUAUGAUCUGAUAAUUUUGCCAGGAGGAGUUGGUGGAGCCGAAAGGUUGCACAAAUCCAGGGUUCUCAGGAAGUUACUGAAAGAACAGCAAAUUGGUGGAAGAAUUUUUGGUGCAAUGUGCUCUUCAAGUGCAAUACUUGAAAGACAGGGGUUACUCAAGGAUAAGAAAGCCACUGCAGUACCUGAAUCAGUUCUAAGCAAGGAAAGUAAUGUGGUUGAUGGUGCACAAGUAGUCAUUGAUGGUAAGGUGAUCGCAAACAAGGGCCUUGCUAGUGCAACAGAUUUUGGACUGGCUAUUGUGGGUAAGCUGUUUGGGCAUUCAAGGGCAAGGAGUGUUGCAGAAGGUCUUGUCUUUGAGUACCCAAGGGCCUAAAAAAGGGACUACUGCCUCUCUAGGUUCAUCCUGAAAUGGGUGGCCUACCCACCCCAAUUGGAAACAAGCGACGCUUGGGACUUAGCUUUAAGAAGUAUUAACAAGUUUGUUCAUGUGGAAAAAGUGGUUGGGAUGAGCUGAUAUCUUUUGCUCGGCAACGAGGUGUUUCUGGCAAAUUUGUAGUGGUUCCAUGAAAUAUUAAGUGGCGAAAACCAUGAGGAUGCACUUUUGCAGCUGCAGUGGUGGAUAAAUUUUGGGAAUUUCCUGAAUCCGGCCUACUGCCUAGAGAUCAUAAUGUCUGACAUGUGAUAAGAGCUGCAAAGACAUAAUCUGCAUUCCUCUGCCUCAACAGACCGUUAAAACAUUGACACAAAACAGAGAGUUCCUUUCAUCCUUUACCAACGCCACCAGAAUGAGUCUCUGCUGACACGGACAAUUUUGUGUGAGAGAAGUGCUGUGAUGUAACAGAAAGUCCAUCAGAUAACUGGGGAGUUUCUUUUGGCUCAUGAAUCUGGAUAUAUACUCUGUUUGAUGCACACAGUCCUUUCUUUUUUCUUUUGUUUUUGGGAACAAUAUGUGGAGUCAGUCCAACUCGUUAUGAUCACAGAUACCUAUCAAUAUCAUGAUGCGAGAUGUCGACACCCAAAUGUGACGCGCUAUUGCUGUGAAUUGUGAUCCAUGACGACCAAGGACGGUUCGACAUUAAACUGGCCUGGUCAAAAUGCUAGAAGUGUCUGCGCCUUUUCACGUGUCUGUGCAUCACAUGCUAGCAUGCAAAAUACUGCAUGCUUGACUUCCUCUCCGGACGGUAGGUCGGAAUUCCAACCUUACUUGCAGUUAAAAAAGUACCCUUAUCAGUUAGAUUUUUGAUAUAUAUCAAGUCUAAGUACGAAUAAUUUGAAUUUUGUUACUAAUAAAUUUCAAUCUUAUAUUAA